AUGGAUCCGCAUACUAGUGCCCAGGAUGUGCACCGGUGUGACCUUUGUGAGACCGCCAUAGCACACAGCUACUGUGACUUUUGUCAUGUCAACCUCUGUAUACCAUGUAUAGGCAAACACAUUUCAGAUGAAUAUGACCAUCAUAAAAUUGUUCCUUUUCAGAAACGAAGAUCAACUCUUAUUUAUUCGAAAUGUAAAACACAUCUACAUAAAAACUGUGAAUUCCAGUGCAAUGAUUGUAACAAUAUCUUUGUUUGUUCUUUCUGCAUCGCCUCCAAACAGCACAAGGGACAUAACUUUAUAGAAGUUGCAGAAGUUUACAAGACAAAGAAAGAUCAUAUGAAGAGAGAUAUAAAAGAGUUAAAAAACCAUAUUUCCCCUACAUAUGAAGAAAUUGCACUGGACUUAGAAAAUCAGCUAGCCAACCUAGAUGGGGGAUAUGAGAAACUUACAACAACGAUGUCGAAACAAGGAGAGCAAUGGCACAGAGAAAUCGACGUCAUCAUCAACAAAAUGAAAACUGAAGUCAGUGAGAUAAAAGUAAAACACAAAGAACUUUUACAGAAACAUUUGAAAGAAAUCAAACAGAUACAAUCUCUCAUAAAACAAACCUUUCUGGCCUUGAAGAAAAUUGAGAAAACCACUGAAGUAUCUCCUACCAUUGAAUACAGUUCUAAGACCAAAGAGUUCAGCAAGCUACCACCCAAGGUUAAGGUUACACUGCCAACAUUCAUUCCAAAACCAAUAGACCGUGACAAGCUGUAUUGUUGGUUUGGACAGAUCACCCCAUUAUCUACUGAUACAAAAGAUAAUGUCUUGUCACUGAACAAACAAUUCACCUCAGUCAAAGAACUACUGGAUGAGCCGAAACUUACUGCCAAAAUACAGACUGGGUAUUUAAAACUACUCUGUGUUACUUGUGUAACUGAAGAAAGGAUAUGGACGAGUGGAAUAUCCAAUGAUAUCAAAUGCUUCAAUAUCAAAGGUUCAACACUCCACACAAUCCAUAAAAAAUCAGGUUUUUGGCCCAAUGAUAUAGCUGUAGACAGUGAUGGGGACCUACUGUAUUCAGACGGUGAAGCAAGAACAGUGAAUAAAGUAAAGAAUGGACAGACAAAAGAGAUAAUUAGAUUACAGGGAUGGAUGCCUCAUAACCUGUGUGUCACCUCUACUGGUGAUCUCCUGGUUAGUAUGUACAGUGAUGAUGAAACUCAAUCCAAAGUUGUCCGUUAUUCGGGAUCUACAGAGAAACAAACCAUUCAAUUUGAUGGUGAAGGUAAACCUAUGUACUCCGGGAAUGUUACAAUUAAAUACACAACAGAGAAUAGAAACCAUAACAUUUGCGUUGCUGACUUCGAUGCUUGUGCAGUAGUGGUGGUUAAUCAGGAUGGGAAACUCAGAUGGAGAUACACCGGUCAUCCCUCGGUUAAAGAAAAUGAACCAUUUAAACCCUGUAGUAUCACAACAGACAGUCAGAGUCGUAUCCUGACAUCAGAUAGAUACAACCAUUGUAUCCACAUUCUGGAUCAGCGUGGAAAGUUUCUCCGAUACAUAAAUAAUUGUGAUCUGAAGGAUCCCUUUGGUUUAUGUGUUGACAAUAACGACAAUCUAUUUGUGUGCGAGUUUAAAACAGGCAAUGUAAAGAAAAUCAAAUUUUUAGAGUAGACAAAUUGAAUAAAAUUUGAAGCAAAUUAAACAAAA